AGUGGGAAAGCACGAAGCAGUACGUUAGAAGUUUAGAACCAGAACGAUCGAGCACUACGAGAAAUUGAUUCCGUUCAGUAUUAUAUUUAGAAACGAUUUUCAGCGAAUGGUUCUUUUUUUUUAAAUUGUAAAAUUAUCGUUCCUUUAACGGGAAAGAUGUACGGUUUACUAGGUAUCUUGGUAUUAGUUAGCGGAGCCCAUUGUUUGUAUUCCUCUAAUUCAGAUGUCAUAGAUCUCAAACCAAACAAUUUUGAUAGUCUAGUAUUGAAUAGCGAUAAUGUUUGGAUCGUGGAAUUUUACGCGCCUUGGUGUGGACAUUGUCAACAGUUAACACCUGAAUACGAUAAAGCUGCUACAGCUUUAAAGGGUAUCGUAAAGGUUGGUGCAGUGAACGCGGAUGAGCAUAAAUCCCUUGGAUCGAAAUAUGGAAUUCAAGGUUUCCCAACGAUUAAAAUCUUUGGCGCCGGUAGUAAACCGGAUGAUUUUAGUGGACCAAGAAGCGCAAGUGGAAUCGUCGACGCUGCUCUUAAUGCGGUUAGUCAAAAAGCACGAAGGGCUUUAGGUGGAAAAAAGAGCAGUGGAGAUUCUAAAUUCAAAGAAUCUAAAGAUGUUGUUGAAUUGACGGAUGAAAAUUUCGAUAAAUUGGUAAUGAAUUCGGAUGAUUUGUGGCUAGUCGAGUUUUACGCACCCUGGUGCGGGCAUUGUAAAAACUUAGCUCCCAUUUGGGCGUCCGCGGCAACGGAACUUAAAGGAAAAGUAAAAUUAGGUGCUAUCGAUGCUACUGUAAAUAGAGUUAAAGCUAGCCAGUACGCGAUAAAGGGAUAUCCCACCAUCAAAUACUUUGCACCUGGCAAAAAAUCUUCUGAUUCUGUACAAGAGUACGACGGUGGUCGCACAAGUAACGAUAUCGUAAGUUGGGCAUUAGAAAAACUGGCAGAAAAUAUUCCAGCGCCAGAAAUAGCUCAAAUUAUAAGUGAAAAGAGUUUCAAAGAGGCAUGCGUAGACAAGCCUUUAUGCGUUGUAUCCGUUUUACCACAUAUCUUGGAUUGUCAAUCAGAUUGUAGAAAUCAGUACUUGAAAACAUUGAACGAGCUUGGAGAGAAAUAUAAACAGAAGAUGUGGGGAUGGGUUUGGGCUGAAGCUGGUGCACAGCGUCAUAUCGAAGAAGCCUUAGAAAUCGGAGGUUUUGGUUACCCUGCAUUAGCAGUUGUAAAUAUUAAAAAAAUGAAAUACUCAUUAUUAAAAGGAAGCUUUUCCUACGAUGGCAUAAACGAAUUCUUACGAGAUUUGAGUUACGGACGAGGAGGCACAGCUCCUUUGAAGGGAGCUCAAUUACCCGAGAUUCUUGAAACAACGCCAUGGGAUGGCAAGGAUGCUGAACCACCGCAAGAAGAAGAAAUUGAUCUUAGCGAUAUAGAUCUAGAUGAGAAAGAUGAGCUGUAAUUACGAAAACCAACUUUUCCCAUAAAAAAAAAAAGUAUGCGCAUCAUAUACAUGCAUUAUUAAAAAUAAUUCGAUACUUAUUUUUAUAUUAAAUUAUUAUUUUCUACUUAUAACUGUAUAACUACGUAUUAAUGUACAAUAACAAUACAGCGUCAUCGUAGUAGUAUCGGAAAUAUUUUUUUUUUUACUUUCAGCUGAAACGCAUCGUCAAUUUGUUAUUCGUACAAUUGUCCUCAGGAAUUUUAAGUAUAUUAAAUUAAGUAGAUACCGAUUCUUCCAUUAAAGUAAAUUUUUCAAAAUUGAAUCUGUUUGCUACAAUAGAAUUGUGUAUAACUCGCAACUCUGAAUGUAGUUAAAUAUCAAGGGACGUGUCUAAAUAUUUUUAAGCGAUUAUUUGUACAUUUUUUAAAUAAUAAUAGAUCGUACGAAGUUGUAAAACUUUAUAAUAAGAACGAAGUAUAUACUUCUCCUUUGAUUGUAUUUAAACUAAAACUUUUUUAUGAAAAUGUUGUAAACUCAAAAUAAUUACAGCUAAUAUAUAAGA